ACGAAUUAAUUAUCAGAAAACGGGAAACGUGAAUUUUUUUUUAUGAAUUAAAACAAAAAUUCAGAUUGGUAAGAAACAAAUUACAUAACAUCAAAUUCCCACAUCAACAAGUGCAUUAAUUAGCAUAGAUAAAUCUUGUGCACUUAAGACGAGCCUGUGUUUAGAAGAGAAAAUACAUUUUGAGAGUGCGAUGUUGAGCUAUCUUUCACUUUCCUUGCUCCUGUUUUACUGUGUGUCGGCUGGUCAGAAGAAACACUGGCUAUGUGUGAAGACCCCGCCCCCUCGCUUCCGGGACCUGAACACUUCCUGUCCCGCGGAACAGUGCUACUCUUUGCAUCUGUUUGCUUGCUACAAUGAAGACUGCUGUGCCUUAAACAUUCAGCCCGAAGGAAACACCAGUAUUCCCAUAUUUGGACGCGGAAUAAACUUGGCUAAGGUUACCGACAUUCAAAUUAACGAGGCGUCCGGAUUAGCUGCAAGUCGGUUACAUCCGGGUGUGCUGUACACCCACAAUGAUAGCGGAGAUCGGGCGCGGAUCUUUGCCGUGGACUCAGAGGGUGGCGGGACGUUAGCGGUGUACGAUAUCCCCUCAGCUGCUCACCAUGACUGGGAGGAUAUGGCGGUAGGCGUGUGUCCCUCAGGAUCAGGAUCUUGCAUCUACAUUGGUGACGUUGGCGGGAACUACGGUGACGCUGGAAGUGUCAAGAACAUUUACGUGGUAGAAGAACCGGAUGUUAUUUCCGGGAACGACACACUCCCCCUCCUCGCAAAACUUCAUUACAACUGGGAUGUUUACGACACAGAAACACUGAUGGUCGAUCCCACAGGGGACCUCUUGAAAAACGGUCGGGAAGUUGUGCUGAGGACACACCACAAGAUCUACUACUGGAUGGUCAAUAAUCGGAAGUACCUCACGACACUGAACACGACCGAGCCCUGGGAGGUGCCCCAAAAGACAGAGCCCCAGGGUGAGGCUGUGUGCUGGGAUACCCGUAAAAAGGAAUUUUUGUGA